AUUUUAUUUCUUGUUAUAGCCUAUGCAAUAUUGACUUCGAGCAUUCUGGGUAAAUCACGUCGCUUGUUUUCCUGUUAAGUUUCGUUUUCUGUUGUGAUGAUGAGCAGACGGCUGUGCACUGAAAAAAGAGAUAAUUAAUUUACCCUCAGACAAUUCCUGCAGUUAUCCUGAGUAUAAUCCAGUCCUUGACAUUCAGAGAUGCAAUCAUUGACAAAAAUUAUCCUCCUCCACCUCUCCCGUUGAGGGUAUUCAUAUUCCUGUCAGCUCAGAUAAUGAUUUGCAUUUGCGGUGGUACUACGGAAAACCACACAUGUAAAUAAACAGUGGAAGAUUGUACAGAGAAGAGCUAGAAGAGAAGAGGGACAAACAGAUCUGGAGACACAUUGCCAGAACAUGGAGGUCCAUACUUUCCUCAUCCUUCUACUAACAGGACACUAUGUGAUAGUCUCAUGUCAUCCCCAUCAGUACUCGUUUGUGUCAAUCAAUAAGACCUGGACAGAGGCCCAAGCGUACUGCAAGGAGAGGUGGGGCACUCUGGCCACUGCCACCAGUGCAGGGGACAUGGAGCUACUGACCAAGGCCGCCACGGAUGAAGGUCAUGGGGGCGACUUCUGGAUCGGCCUGUACAACAGCUGGCAGUGGUCACUGGCUGGCAAUGAUGAUUAUUCCAAGGAGGCGGAGUUCCAGAACUGGGGAUGGGAUGAGCCACAUUAUGACAAGAAGGAAAACUGCACGGUCAUAGAAGCACCGACAGGGAAGUGGCAAGACUGGCCGUGUGAAACAAACUUUACCUUCGUGUGCUAUGAUCAAGGGAAGUCUGACCCCUAUAUCCCCGUGGCCACACCUCUCAGCUGGUCUCUGGCUCAGAACUACUGCAGGACCCACCACACUGACCUGGCCGUCAUAACGGACGAGGCUCAGAACCAACAGGUCAAGAACAAGGUCUCGGGCCUCUCUUGGCAGUUUACCUGGAUCGGCCUGUUCCGACACGGCUGGAGGUGGAGCGACACAACUGGUACCACAUUCAACAACUGGACAUUCAGUCAGCCAGUCAACGGGGAGGGUACCUGUGGGUCGGUCUCAAUGGGCGACAGUGGCAUAGUGAAGAACAGACAGUGCUACAUCCAAAUGCCAUUUGUCUGCUGCUACAAAGGGGUUGUGCGUAAGCAAAUCGUCAGAGUGAAGAUACGAUCAGAAUCCAAUGUCGACAUGAACAACCCUGCUCUUCAUACAGCAAUCAUGGAACAGAUUCAGCAGAAACUGUUGAAGGGAAAGCAGCAGCCUUCUGAUAUCCGUCUGACAUGGAUGAAGCAAUACGAUGGACAGAUAUUCCACGCAGAAGGAGAUGACACACCCAUAAAAAAAAAUAGAGUAGAGCUGUAGGAGCCAUUUUUUUUUAUCUUGUUUUGUGAAUGUAAUUUGUCCACUAGGUGUCACUAUGUUAUUCUAUGUGUGCGCACCAUAUCAGGGGGGAACUAUUGUUCAGGUGACAGGUGUUGCUUGACGAAGGGGGAGCACACAUAGUUUUUUGACCGCUUCGCUGUGGCAGGCCAAACUGGCUUACGAUAUUUUGUGAACAUUGAAUGUUGGACAUUUUAUACAACUCGUGGUGAGCAAUAAAAUGCCUUAAACAGCACGUAAUGUCUCGGAUGCAUUUUCAUGGACACAAGUAACGUAAGUGGCUAUAAAGCGCAUCAAUUAAGUGCCCUGUCUAGCAACCCCUCGGGGCUUUGAGUUUAGGCUUAGCCUCUACAAGAGCUUUAAAUAAUAUUCUAGUUCUUGAUUAUAAACAUAACUGCCACUAGUGGAAGCGAAACAUAGUAAUUUGCAUUGUAUCUUAUAUUUAUCUUAGUUUAUUAUGUCAGAAUUUAGCGCACAAAACAAUGUUGUGCCGAUCUCCAUAUAGCCUUUUUACUUCCCAGCAUGCGUUGCAAAAUUGCCCAUCCCACAUACACACUCGUGUGUGCAUGGGCACACCGACAGUGCACACAAGUCUGUUGAUACACACAUACACUGGCACACAUGCGU